GCCUCUAAUUACAUUUUGAGGCAAGGAUAUAUGGUUGCCUCUAAAUGUAUGAGCUUUUAGAAGCAACACAUUGUGUUGCCUCAAAAAAGGUCUUUUAGAGGCAACCCCUAAUUAGCGACGGACUUAUUAGAGGCAUCCACUUUUUUGCUUCAAAAACCCAUUAGAGGCCAAAUCCCUAUUUUUAGAGGCAAUUAUGACUUGCCCCUGUAUCCGAUUUUUCUAGUAGUGAGGAUGACUCCCAUCUCCCUAUGCGCUCUGCCGCAGCUUAUUAAGAUAUGGCUCAUGGAGAGUUUAAGGUUGCUGGAGGUUUAUGCAAAUCCUCAGAUAUGACAGUAGGUAGUGGUUGCAUCAUGGGGAAAAUGAGGCCGAGUGGACCUCCUAUUUCACCCACGACAUUUAUUCCAUUAAGUGGGUGAUACCGUGGUGGAAUCUACAUUCCAUGGUAGGCGGCUCAGAAACCGUCCUUUAUAAAAGACUGAUCGGGUUGAGAGAACCUACAUAUAUUUUUUCGUAUCAGGUCCUAAGACAGUACGGUAUGAGGCAGAUCAUACCUUUUGCGGAUACUACACCACCAAAUAUAACAAUUUUCCCACAGAAACGUAUCCUUUCAUGGGAAAAGUACUAUAUAGACUUACCCCAUUGGACUGUUGCCGUAGACGGGAAUAUUUAUCUUUCUAAGAGUUACAAGAUCUUGAUGAGUUCUGAUGAUAUUGCUUAAAGGGCCAAGGCUCGAGAUAAUGAACCGGCUGAAUUAUUUCACUCACGGGGCAGGCCCAAGUAUGACCAUGCUAGACCUUCUAGGCCUCGAGAGGCUAACUCUAGACCUCCCAUGAGGCAUUCUGACCGCAAGCAUAAGGGAGAUCAUAACCGUUCUGAUUCUAGACCCUGGAGAGCACCCGUUGAGCGUGCUGUGACUGCGCCCAAGAAGGCUGUGGGGAUUUCUACUAGAAAUCGCCACUGUGAGAAGAGUAAGAAACAGGUGUGGGUGGAGAAGGUUCAAACUCAUAUUGCCAAGGUGAUCAAGGCUCUGGCCGUGAUUGCACCUAUUUCAGUUACUACUCCUGUACCUGAGACUGAGUUGGUGAUUGGUCUUGAAGCUGCUAAAGUUACCGAGGCUCUGGCGACCAUGGAAGUGGGUGCGAAAGAGCCUAUUAUUUCCAUGAACAUUGAUGUAGGAAUGGUAGAGAAGCCAUCUGGUGCAACUUUUGCAAAUGCCGACCUCUACAAGAUUUUGUUUUCUGACGGUGUAGAAUUAGAAUAGUGUAAUUCUUAGGCGUUUGUAGGGUGCAUGUGCCCUUUCAUUUUUUGAUGUCUAUUAUUUUCUUGUACUUAGUUUUUUCCGUUAGGUUUGCAAACUUCAUUUAAAUUUCAAUAAAUGAUUUUUUCUUUGUUUUCA